AUGGCAUUCUCAGGAAUCUAUACUAAAACUGAGCCACCAAAAAGAAGUGCCAGAGUAGCAACUGGUCCUUUCGACAGCCAAACUGAUUGUCUUUUCUGUGGGACUACCAUAACACAUGGAAGUAAAGACACAAGUAGUGUUAAGACUGAUACGCUCGCAAAGUCCGUUCUUGAGUGUUGUGACAAUCGUGCAGAUCAAUGGGCUUUCACUGUUAAAGGCAGGAUCAAGUAUUAUGGCAGUGAUCUACAUGCUGCAGAUUGUGUUUACCACCACUUAUGCAGUAGUAGUUUUCGUAAUGGAUAUAACAUACCAAUACAGUUCCAGAAAGACCCAGAGGCAAAGCGCAGAAAGUCUGGCAGGCCCAAAAAUGAAGAUCAGGAGCAGGCAUUUAUGAAAGUUUGCUUUUACCUCGAGAGUAAUGAUGAGGAACAGUUGACAAUUACACAUCUUCGAGACAAAAUAAAGGAAUCUCUGACACACCCAGAUUCUGAACCUUAUGGAAAUCAAUACCUGAAGAGAAAAUUGAGACAACAGUACCAGGACAAUGAGACGAGACGAAAGGUUGCCGGAAUUGGACAGGCAAUUGUCCAGGCAGCACGACCACGUGCUGUGGUAGCUCCAUUACAACUUGGCCUUGCAGUGCAGGCACAUCAUAUGUAUCGGUCACAAUUCCUUGUGGAUACCCUUCAUGGAAUGGGAUUUGCUUCAUCAUACAAGGAAGUUUUGCAUUUUGAAAAAAAUGCAGCAGAUUCAGUUGCCCCAGAUAUGUUAGCGGAUGACAUAAAUGUGGUGGACAUGGCACUGCUUUUUGCUGGGGACAAUGUUGACCACAACAUCCUUACUAUAGAUGCACUGAUCAGCUGUGACAGAACAGUUGAUGUCCCGUGGGAACUCUCACUGGACUUCAAACAACAAACCCCAGGGUGGCAGGGAAUGAUGCAUAUCAUUAAUCAAGGACUAAAACAUCCAGGCCAAUUAUCAGUUGUGUUCCUGCCCAUGAUUGACUUGUACUCUGGAGACAAGAACUGUAUUUUGUCCACCUUGGAUUUUGUUUGUGACCUGGCUAUUAAACACAAUGCUCCACCCAUUAUAAAGUUUGAUCAGCCACUGUACUGGAAAGCAGCAGAGAUAAUCAUGGAUGCACCACAGAGUAGUCCCCUAAAAAACAUAGUAUUCAUGCUUGGAGGUUUUCAUACUUUUAUGAACCUACUUGGUGCAAUAGGCACACUGAUGGAAGGCACAGGACUCAGGAACAUUAUGGAAGUUGUCUAUGGAUCAAAUGCAGUCCAGCACAUGAUGACUGGAAAGUCAGUGCAAAGAGCUUUUCGUGGACAUUUGCUGGUGGACAGGUGUCUCAAUCACCUGGUUGUGUCAGAGCUGCAGGAGGAUGACUCACAGUUUGAGUCAUUGGUUAUACAAGCUGGAGAGAUGUACUCAAAAAAUGGACACGAAAAGGGCAGACCUAAGCACAAGGUCAAAAACCAGCCGGCUGUGGCUGUUGGGCACUACAACUACCUGAGAUCUGCAUAUUUCUACCUCCAAGAAAUGUGCCAACUCGAGACAAGACACCCUGAUGUACAUGACAAGUUUUCCAGGGAGUUCCAUGUGAUCUACUGCAGCAACCAGUACUGGGCAGGCCUUAGCUCUGACCUUGUCAUCGAACAGACCUUAAUGCGAUCCUUGAAAAGCAGUGGAGGCUUGACCCAUGGAAGUGAAAUGACUGAAGAAAUGCGAGCAUUGUGGACCAUGUCUACACCCAUCACAUCUGAAUACAACAAUCCCAUGCAGGAAUUCAAUGACCUCACCUACACGACCAGCGAGCAGCAUAGGGAAUCCUCAGAAGCAAGGAUGAAAAGAGAUCACUCUGAUUUAGAAAAGAUCAAGGAAAGGCUUGGCAUUUGCACACCAUUUUCUUCAGACCCAUCUCUGAGAAACGUUGUAACCGAUGUUGUUGCCAAAGAGGAGGUGAAUGUGCAUAAGUUUGAGACUGUUGGCAAUGAGAUCAUUAAAAAGAUGGUAGGAAAACCCGUUUUUGGAAUAUCCUUUAAGCGUAAAGACCGGGCAAAAACCCUUGCAGAUGACUCCACCAUCAAAGUUGCCCAAGACCGAACCAUUGAUCCUGCUUUGCUGUUCCAACGAUUCCUGAUCAUGUCGAAAACUGAACAGUUUUCACUGGAAGAUGUAAUGAGCUAUGAGCUCUGCUCAUUUCCUGCAGCCUUGUUCGAAGGCAAGGAAAUCUUCCGUAAAGCCAACAAGCCCCAACUAGCGCAGGCAGUCAUGGAGUUCUCAAGCAAGAAAUCGAACAAUACUGUCCUGGAUUCCAUCCCACUAACUGAGCAUUAUGUAAUUGACGGUGGCUCCCUGGUUCACCGCUCUGCAUGGAAAAAGGGUGACAGUGCCAUUGCACAGUCAUAUGCAGACUUUACCCUGUGCCAUUAUGUGCAGGAAGGUCGUCACAGUCCACCUUAUGAACGUCCCAACAUGAGUGAAUUGAGUGCAUUGAGGAUUGUUCUUCUGGGGAAGAGUUUAUCAGAAAACAUCAGAGUGAGAAACUUUAUCCUGAAGAUAGAUUUGAUAGAGAACAAAUAUCCUUCAGAUUAUUUACAGACUCAUAGUUUGAGAAUCGGUGGAACGGUGGAGAACAGAAACAUUGCAUUCAUCAACUGUCCUCACCUGCUCCAGCCGAACCUCUCAGACCAUCAGAUCAGAGAAAGAGUAGGAGACUGUGUGAAUGUGUCUGCUCCAGGACCUCAUGUGUUCAUACUCGUACUGCAGCAUCAUGACUUCAGUGAGAAGGACAAAGUUAGAGUAAAGUAUGUGCUGAACUGCUUCAGUGAUCAGGCGAUAAAACGCAGCAUAGUGCUGACGACUGAUGAAGAUACACACAGAUCCAUACACAGUUCUGUGAGAAACAAUGAAUUAAAUCAGUUAAUAAAUGAGUGUGGAGGAGGACAUCUUCACUUUAAUGAAAGACAAGAAGGAUGGUGCUCUGAGAUGUUGAGAAGGGUAGAUGAGAUACUCAAGAAAGAACCUGAAGAAUAUCUCAAAUGUGAGAUCUUUCUAGACGCAGCUGCUGCUGUAGGAACAUCUGUUGAUCCAGAGCCAACUAAACAUGAAGAUUCAGUGAGAUCAGUGGAGAACAAAUCUGAUUUCAAAGAUGAUGGAAAACCCAAAGAGAGCCACAAAAAGAAUAAAGAUGGAGGUGGAAAAUCAAAUCUGAAUGUGGUGUUGUGUGGAUCUGAUGCAGGACUUAAAGUCACAGUUUCUAAACUUCUACGAGGAAAAAAACCAUCACAUCAGAAAGAGUUCAGCUCAGUGUGUGUGAAGAAAGAAGAGAAAAUUCAUGGACAUCAGAUCUCUGUUGUUGUUCUUCCAUCACUGACUCAACUCUCAGAAGAUGAAGUGAGGCGUCAAACUCUCAGCUGUGUGUCUCUCUGUGAUCCUGGAGUUCAUGUGUUUGUCCUCAUUGUUCCUGUUGGUCCAUUGACUGAUAAAGACAAAGAAGAAAUAGAGAUGAUCCAGAAGAUGUUUUACUCCAGUGAGCAUUUCAGUGUGAUUUUCACAACUGAAGUCACUGUCGAUAAACCUCUGACAGAUUUUGUAGAAUCAUAUUCUGAUCAUAAGAAUCUGAUCAAUCUCUGUGGAGGACGCUACAGGGUGUUAGGACUAAAAGAAUAUGUAAAAUUUAAACAAACAUCACUAGAACUGCUGGAUUAUAUAAAAGACAUACAGACUGAACCCUAUUCACUUCAGAUGUAUCAGAAAUCUCAAGAGAAGAGAGUAAGAGAUGAAACUGAAGAAAAAUACAAAGAAGAACUGAGUGAAAUGAAGAAAAUAAUCCAAGAGUUACAGGAAAAGAUCAACUCGUGUAUCGAAGAGGAACAGGAAGAUCUGAAGCAAUUGAGGAUGGUUUUGAUUGGAAAGACAGGAAGUGGAAAGAGCGCAACAGGAAACACAAUACUGGGAAGAGAACUAUUUUACAGCAAAUUACGAUCAGGAUCAGUGACGACUGUUUGUGAGAAAGGAGUUGGUGAAGUUGAUGGUCAAUCAGUCGCUGUUGUUGAUACUCCAGGUCUGUUUGACACAAAAACACAAAAAGAACAAGUGUUGGAGGAAAUCAUGAAAUGUGUUUCACUGUCAGCACCUGGACCUCACGCCUUCAUCAUUGUGUUGAGUUUGGGAAGAUUCACUCAGGAGGAGUCAGAGACUAUAGAUCUGAUAAGGAUGUUCUUUGGUCCUAAAGUUGCACAGUUCAGCAUCGUUCUGUUCACAAGAGGAGAUGAUCUUAAGGGUGAAUCUAUAGAGGAUUAUGUGAGAGAAAGUGAAUCUGCUGAACUGAAGAAACUGAUCAGAGACUGUGGAAACAGAUAUCUGGUCUUUAAUAACAAUGAAAAACAAGACAGAACUCAAGUAAUUAAACUGAUAAAGAUGAUAGAAGAGAUGAAAACAACAAAUCGUGGCAGAUAUUUCACUAACAGGAUGUUUGAAGAGGCAGAGAUGAGCAUUAAAAAGAGAAUGGAGGAACUACUGAGAGAGAAAGAGAAAGAAAUUCAAGCAGAAAAAGAGGAAAUAAAAGCCAAACAUGAGAUUGAAAUGAAAAACAUGAUGAAGAGAAUGGAGGAAGAGAAAAGAAAAGCAGACAAGGAAAAAAUUAAAAUGGAAAAUAAAUUCAAGGAGCAGGAAGAAACUCUGAGAAAAGAGUUUAGGGAGAAAGAAAAAACAGAACGACAGAAACGAGAUGAGGAGACACAGACACGAAUAGAGGAGGAAAAACAACAAAGAGCUGAAUAUGAUCAGAUGAUAGAAAAGAUGAAGAGAGAGAUUGAACAACAAAGAUCACAGUAUAAAAAGAGAGAGAAAGAGAAAGAAGAAGAGGAUAGAAAGAGAGAAGAGAAAUACAGACAAGAUCAAGAAAAGAUGAAACACGAACAAGAACAAAUAAUAGCAGAAUUACAAAAGAAACAAGAGGAUGAGAUUAAAAAGAGAUAUUUAGAUGAACAAAAAAGAAGUGAAGAAGAAGAGAGAGAGAAACAAGAAUGGGCGAGAAAAAUAAGAGAAGCUGAAAGUGACAGAAAAGAGACUCGAGAAGAAAUUAAACGACAACAGAGAGAAUGGGAGGAUGACAAGAAACGACAGACGAGAGCACGAGAGGAAGAUGAAAGGAAGAGAAAAGAGAGACAUGAAGAGCAACUGAGAGAAAAACAAGAAGAAAUGGAGAAAAUGAGAAAGAAACUUGAGAAAGAGAAAGAAGAAGAGACACAGAAACAGAGACAAGAGAAAGAUCAGAAAGAGAAAGAAUAUGAAGAAAAGAAAAAUGAAAUGAUGAAACAUUAUGAGAAACUGGAACAAAAGAGAAAAGAGGAGUGGGAGAGAAAAAGACAAGAUGAUGAUGAGAGAAGAGAAGAGGAGAGAAAGAGAUGGGACAAAAGAAAUGAGGAUAUUAAAAGAGAAAAAGAAGAAGAGAUUAGGAGAAUAGAAAUAGAGAUAAAAAAAAUAGAAGAAAAAGAACGAAAGGAAAUGAGGCAGGAACAUGAACAGAGAAUAAAAGAGAUGAAGAAGAAAUAUGAAGAUGAAGCCAGAAAACAAGCAGAAGAAUUUAAUGAAUUCAGAGAAAGAAAAGAGGAACAUGUUAAAGAACUAAAAGAAAUGCUGGAGGAACGACAGAAACAACACGAAUUACUAGAAAAACUGUGUCAACACUUACUAAAACAGAAAGGUGAUGAAGAAGCAAGAAACCUACUAGACGAACUAAGAAAACUGAAAUCAAGAUGUGUCAUUCUGUAAAAAGGGGCAAGACACAAUUCUACCAGUAAUAAAAAUUCUCUUUGUUUGGUUCCCGUGUUGUUUGGUUCAUCAUGUUGUUUGGUGGAUGACCGUGUGUCAAGUUGGAUCGUGUUUAGUCGUCGUCUCCGUGUGGAUGUUCCCGUGUACAGUCUGGAUUCUCACCACUGCUCACCACUCCACCAACGCCGCACUCAAUAUACACCGUCACCGACUGACCACCGUAGUCAUCGCCACCAUUGCCAACAACACCGGACUUUGCUUGCCUUACAAUUUAAUCUGUCAUUUUCACCUGUGUUUAUUAAUAAACCUUGUAUUUUUCACCUGCAAUUG